AUGAUCGACUGCAAACAAUUGGGCACCGAAGGAUUCGUGUCACAGAUCAUGAGAGUGACCGUCACAAUGACGAAUGGAAUGAAGAAAAAGGUAGGCUUGAUCACUUCGCUGCCAAUGAUUACAAUGAAAUAUUUUCAAGCUGAUUGUGAAAAUGCCGGAGACCACCUACAUCAGACGGGCUCUCGAGACAACCACCAGACAAAGGAUGCCAGAAGGAGCUGAUGAACAGUUCAUCGGUGGACUCAACAUGUUCUUCAACCGGGAAGUUGACUUCUACAAAAUGGAAAAGAUACCGGGAGUCAAGAUGCCGGACUGCUACCAUUCGCAAGCCUGGGUAUGUGAAUCGGCUAGCUACUCGGAACACAUAUUUUGUUUUUCAGAACCGUGGAGUCAAAAUGGGAGCAAUCGUGAUGCAGGAUCUGGAUGGUAUGGUCAACGUUCCAUACUACCAGACGCUCAACCUUCAACAAGUGGCAUCUGUAGGUGCACAGUUGCUGAACCUGCACAUGUUUUCGCUGGACAUGCCUGCCGACUGGAAGCAGAACUUCCCUUUCCCAAUGGAGCUGAUUGACACGCUCUCCAAUAUGACUGACAUUGUGAGAUUGUAUGUUACGAGAAAUCCGGUUCUUAAAGCUGGAUUCGCCCGCGUGGAAAGACUUUACGAAGACCGUAACCUCUUCAUCAAAGUUCUCUGCAACUCGCACAAGGAUCUUGGUAUGUCACAGGUUCUUCUAAACGGUUGGAACUAGUUUUCAUCUAGGAAUCGAAGAUUUUCUGUGCCACGGGGACCUGUGGUUCUACAACUUGAUGUGGCUCCCAGCCAUCGACGGUGGCGAGGAGGCCUCUAACCACAUCGGUGCUAUCAUCGACUGGCAGAACACACACACUGGCAACAUCACUGAAGAUUUCGGACAUAUGCUCGUUUUCUGUUGUGAUGUGAAUAUCCGCCGCGAGGCAGAGAACGUGUUCCUUCCGCAGUACUAUAACCAGCUGAGAAACAAAGCCGAACUAGCCGGAAAGAAGCUGAACAUGAGUCUGACUCAAUUCCUGAGAGCUUAUCGUCGAAACUUCAUUGCCCACGCUCUUCAUUUGCCGUUUAUUGCAUCCAUCAUGCUCUGCGUCAAACCAGCUAACGAUGAAAUAGUCCAGAAGGAACGAAAUGAGGUUGGAGAAGACUCAGCUCAAAUUCAACGUUUUUUUUUCAGAAACUCACCAUCAAAGUUUUGGGCGCAUGGGAGGACGCUCUCCAGGCGAUUCGCGAAGAGUAUCCGGAUUACCAAUUGUAUUAG